AGUGAGGUGGAGGAGGACAUUCCAGUCCAUGUGACCACAGAAAAUCCCAGUAAGAAAGUCAUGUUACUGCUAAACUAUAAAGCAGAAGAUGAAGAUAUUGUGCAGCUCUCUUCAGAAGAAAACCUCCGUACCUGUAAUGUAUAUCCAGGACCUCACAGUACAGAUCUAUCACAUAUUUCCUAUAAUCAUGAGGAAUCUUCUGACCAAUCACAGAUUGUUACCACAAGUACCAGACAGAAUGUGGGUGAAAGUUUUAGAUGUGGAAAACAGUAUUCGUACAGCUCAGGCAUUUCAGCGCACAGUGUUCACACUGGGGAGAAACUAUAUUCAUGUUCACGGUGUGGGAAACGUUUUACAGAGCAAUCAAAUCUUAUUACCUAUGAUAGGCUUGUCACAGGAGAGAAGCUAUAUUCGUGUUUGGAAUGUGUAAAAAGUGUUAUGCUGGAAUCCGAUCUUGCCAAACAUGACACAAUUCACACAGGAGAUAAGCAGUUUGUAUGUUAUGAGUGUGGGAAAUGUUUUACUUCUAAAUUUAAACUUGGGGACCAUCAGAGAAUUCACACAGGGGAGAAACCAUAUCCAUGUCCAGAAUGUGGGAAAUGUUUUAUUGUCAAAUCAGAUCUUGUUAUACAUCAGAGAAUUCACACAGGGGAGAAGCCAUAUGCAUGUUCAGCAUGUGGGAAAUGUUUUAUUACUAAAGCCAAAGUCAAAGAUCAUCAGAGAAUUCACACAGGAGAGAAGCCAUUUUCAUGUUCAGAAUGUGGUAAAUGUUUCACAAAUAAAUCAAAUCUUGUUAAGCACAAGCGAAUCCACACAGGGGAGAAGCCAUACUCAUGUUCACUAUGUGGAAAAUGUUUUAUUACUAAUGCUAAACUUGGGGAUCACCAAAGAAUUCACACAGGAGAGAAGCCGUAUUCAUGUACAGAGUGUGGGAAAUGCUUUAUAUAUAAAUCAAAUCUUAUUACACAUGAAAGAAUUCACACAGGAGAGAGGCCGUAUCCAUGUUCAGAAUGUGGUAAAUGCUUUGUUAAUAAAUCCAAUCUUGUUACACAUGAGAGGGUUCACAGAGGGGAGAAGCCAUACUCGUGUACAGACUGCGGUAAAUCUUAUACAAAAAAGUCAAAUCUUGUUAAACAUGAAAGAAUCCACAGAGGAGAUAAGCCAUUUUCAUGUUCAGAGUGUGGGGAAUGCUUUAUUAAUAGAUCACAUCUUGCAGUACAUGAGAGCAUUCACACAGGGUAGAUGUUGUGUUAAGUUAAAUUUCCUUCUCAUGUUCCAAAAAAACAUUAUCAGUGAAUUCCCCCAAAAACUUUUUAAAUUUUUUGUGAAAUUCUUUGAGAAAGAAAAUGUGUUUAACCUUCAGGUUAUUCACUGGCAUUAAAUGACCAAUAGGCUUUGACUUCUAAUGUUAAUCUGUUUUCCCUUAGUUCUAACUGCAGCACAAUAAUGGGGUAUUUCUGCCCGUGAGUACUGGUAGAAGAGAGAAUGUGUAAUUAAAUGAAUUACUAAUUAGAGCCUAUAUAGGGACAUCUGUUUAUUAUAAAGGUGUAACCUGCUUAGUGUGGGAAACGUGUGCUGCUAUUAGGACUAAGGGAAAACAUUUUAACAUUAGAAAGCAGUUCUUUCCUUAUGUCCUAACCAGCAGUACUAUAAUAUGAUUUACCAAGUAGUUAUCCAAUAAGGAGGGAACCCGUGCAUGAAGGAAUUCGAUUGACCACUUUUUUUUUUUUUUUUUUUUUGUGGGACAAGAUGCAUUUUUUAAUGGCACAAUUUAAUAUACCCUGUCUUGUUUUGUAAGAUGAGAAAAAAAAAUUGGUGUAAAAUUGAAAUAAAACCCCCACAAUUACGCUGAGGUUUUCACAUUUCGCCGUUAGUUAUGCUCUAAAAAUAACAUGAUGUCCUUAUUUUGCGGCUCAAUGGUAUUACGGUGAUACCAAAUUUGUAUAUUAUUAUUAUUUUUUUUUUUACUAAUAA